AAUAACCUAUGAUUAUUAUUUAUUUCUAAUCUUUUUUUAUAAAUUGUACCUAACACACUAAUAAAUAAUUUUAAUAUGGAAAAAGUAACCGAUGUUUCGUUUUCUCCAUUAGAAAAUUCACAAUAUAUCAGACCUUUACGAAUUAAUUUUACUCAAAAUGGGGUGAAAAAAAAUUGGGAUUUAAUGGCAGUUCAUGAUAGUGUGGUCAUAGUUUUAUUUAACGUUACAAGAAAGAAACUGAUAUUCGUUAAACAAUUUCGACCUGCUGUAUAUUAUUCAAAAAUUCCAGCAUCUGAACGAAAAGAAACAAUUGAUACAAAAAAAUAUAGUCCCAAAUUAGGGAUUACAUUAGAAUUAUGUGCUGGAAUUGUAGAUAAGAAUAAAUCAAUAGAUGAAAUUGCUAGAGAAGAAAUUUUAGAAGAAUGUGGAUACGAUGUGCCAUUAAAUCAAAUACAUCGUAUACUAAAACAUUGUGUCAAUCCGGGGGUUUUGGGUUGUGGCCAAACAUUCUUUUAUGCUGAAGUCACUGACGACAUGAAAGUAUCCGAAGGUGGAGGUGUGGAUGAUGAACUAAUUGAAGUUGUUGAAUUAAGCGUCGAUGAACUUAAGGCUUACAUACAUAGUGAUGAAAUCAACAGUCCUCCAGGUUUUCUGUUUGGAGUUCAUUGGUUUUUAUUAAAUAAACCACAAUAUGCUGGUUAAAAUUGAUUCUAAUUAAGUUGUUAAUCAUGAAUGUAGGAAAUCAAAGAGAUGUACGUCUUUUCGAAUUCAACACGUUUUUAAAUUGAACUGGAAUAUUUUCCAAAGACCGAAACAUGUCACUAUCUUACGGUUCAUUACUUGAGAACUACCUUGAGUUCCAAGCUCUGUUUUUCCUACCUUCAUAUUGUAAAUAAUCUUGUACAGAAUACGAAUUCAUGCCUUAUUUUCAAAUAGGUAAGCAACAUAAGAGACGAAAAUGUACUUGAAAUUUUAAGCCCAAAAACUAACAACCAUUCCAAGAUACUUGGAACAAAAAAACCGGUAUCGGAAAUUAAAAUAAAAUACUUAAAGUAAAAUAUA